AUGUCUGAACAAGAAGCGGAAGAUAAAAGAGCCCAGCAAUUGGAAGAAGCUAGAAAAAGGGUAGAAGAAUUGAAGAAGAAGAAGAAGAAUAAGAAAAAUAAGAAUAAAAAGAACAAAGCCAAGGAGAAAGAGGAUGAGAAUGAAACAGUAGAUGUGGAUACUAAUGAAGAUUUAACACCUGCUCCUGAAGUGUCGAUAAAUCAAGAUGUUCCAGAAGCUGAAGCUGAAGAUGACGCUGUUGCAACUAAGGAACAAGAAAAUGAGGACACUUCAUUAAAGCCUGAAGAAGAAGAAGUAACAGCAGUACAGGAGACGGAAGCAGAUGAGACCGAAUCAGCAGUUAAAUCUGAAAAGAUUACAGGAGAGGAAAAAAUUGAUGAAACAGUGUCAAAUGUUGAGAAUAUCUCAACAGGACAAAAAGAAGAAGAAAAUCUGUUUGAUUCAAACAAUACUGAACCAUCCGACUUCUUAAAAACUAUUCAGCAGGAGAAGAAAAAAGACAAAAUUAAUCAAUUAAAUCAAAAAUUAGAAGAACUAACCAUAGAAAAUAAAAGAUUAAAAUUCACUAAUAUAGAACAAGAUACUGAUAUUGAAGAAUUAGAAGCAGAAAUUGCGAAAUUGAAACAAAGUCUACAAGCUAAAGAUGCUGAACUAGAAAGAACUAAAGAUGAAUUGAAGGAGGCUUUAGAAGAACGAAAAAGUCGUCCAGAAGCAAAUCCAUUCCAAUUCGCGAGCUUCAACGAUGGUAGUUCAGGAAUGAAUUCCCAUGAUGGAUUUAUAGAUACAACUCGAGGAGCCGGUAGGUCGACUCAAAUUCAAACGCCUAAAGUGGACCGUGUAUUGCUUAACAAAUGGCGUAAUUGGAAUGUCGAUAUGACGAGUUGGAGAAGUAUCGGUUCUGGUCCAAUUGUAGAGUUUUGA